AGUACCGGAUACCAUAAAUUUAAGCCGUCACGGAUCCUAGUACUGUACGCUUCCCAAUAGAAGGAAAUUAGUUCGCUAGUACAAUACCAGUACCGCACAAUACACACGUGCCGGAAUGCGCCAAUACAGCAUUGUUCCAGCUUCACAACUGACUCAACUAUGUAAGCCCAAGGGGAAUAUGCAAUAACAAAGACAAUCGGCUCAUAUCCCCCUCGCCAAAUCACGUCCCAACCCCGUGCCUAAACCCCCCACAACAAGUUCGUGGAGUGAGGUCGCUCGCUGGAGGGAAGGGCUAAGAAAGUGCAGAAGAUAGUUGCGCCCCUCACUUCCGCAAUUUCUAAAUACUGCCCUUCAUGUAUGAUAGAAAACGAACGCAGGCAAUAGAAAAAAAAAGAAAGAAACAAAGGGCAGAUAAAUUGAAGUUAGAGCGUCCAAAAAUAACCCCUAUCAAGAUUUCUCGUCCUUUACACAGCCCAUCAAUCGAUUCCAAGAAACUGUGUGUCCGAGUUAAACUUCGGAGGCCACUGAGACACAUCCACGAUGGGGCUGGCCAUUCCAUCAUUGGCUGAUAGACGAGAGGAAAGUAACAUGCGAAAUAUGUCUCGCUGAAGGAUUCAUUACUCAAAGGAGCAAUCGGCUAAACAACCAAUAAUCAGCGUUGCGGGGGUGUGACGGACGAUAGUUCACCAGAAAAGCAAUCGAGGGAUUCGAGGCUGGCUCUCAUGACCUUCGGCUCCCGGGCUGAAGUGGAAAAGCCAAAAUGAGUACAGGCUCAGCCUCGACCAAAGCUCUCGUGUGUCCCUUCAGAAUGCCAACUCCUAGCAUGCCUUAUUCUCGCGGAGCAGAGGCCAGUGACCUCUCUGUAUAUAUAGAUGAGCAAUUCCCCCCCUCAGUCUUCCCUCUUCACUCUUCACCGAGCCAUCCAAUCCCCAGAUCCACAGCUUCCUUCCAACAAUCUUUCUAGACACUCGCUGUUCUCCUUAGGACACUCGCUCCAAGAUCAUAAUUCAUAUCCCCUCUUCUUCUCAAACUCUCGCUAUGAAGUACUCUAUCUCUGCUCUCGUCCUCGGCUUCUUUGCCGUCCUCAGCGCCGCAGCACCCACUCCCGAUGACGAGGUCGACGUCAGCAAGGUUUACAUCGAGGGAAUCACCUACGCCGGUAGCGGCUGCAAGGCGGGAACAGUCGCUAUCAGCAAGUCCAACGACUACAAGACAGUCACCCUCGCAUUCGACAGCUAUGUCGCAUCCAUCGGCCCGGGCAUCGCCUUUGUUGAGAGACGCAAGAACUGCAACAUCAAUGUCAAACUUCAUUACCCCUCAGGAUACCAAUACACCUUGUACCAGACCGACUACACCGGCUAUGCCGAUAUCGAGAAAGGAGUCACUGCCAAGCAGCAAUCCGAGUACUGGUUCGCUGGUUUCGCCACCCAAAAGGCAACCCUGAGGACCACCUGGAAGGGAAAGUUCACAGACACCUUCACCUUCCGCGAUACUCUUGCUCAUGAGGCUUGUGUGUGGUCGCCAUGCGGUGCUUCCACCACCUUGAACAUCGAUACUCAGCUCACCCUCGAUAACAACGACGACGACAAGAAAAAGGCAUCUGGUCUCAUCACCACCGACGUUAUCGACCACAAGGUCAAGACCAUCUAUGGUGUCCGCUGGAGAAAGUGCACCUAAGCGAUGUAAGUAACCCAAGAGAUAAUACGAGAAACAGGAGGCAGAAACUGACCUGGUCUCAGGAUUUUCCAUACUUCCAUACUCAGUUACCGGGAUCCUCUAUGAUCAAAAUGAAGGUGAUGAAUGUAUUCUCACGGCUGUCAUCAAUGAUCAAGAGAGUGGAUGAGUUUCUCUAUUGUCAAUUUCUCAACUGUUCUCCUUGAAUUAUGUUUCCUCUUGGCUAUUUCCUAUUGCAUGGAAGGAGGGGGGGUUGUGGUAUCUCGGAUGUCCUUACGCUUUGUAUCUUCUUUCGGAAUAAAAAACAAACCCGGCCGGUUUCUU